AUGAAAGAAGCUUACGAACUAGCCUCCGCUCAUGCAAAGAACAGUGCAGACAUGGGGAAACAACAGUAUGACAAGAAAGUUAGACAUACCACGCUACGUGAAGGAGACCGUGUUCUUGUGCGAAACAUGACGGAGCGUGGUGGCCCAGGAAAGUUACGCUCUUAUUGGGAGCAAGAAAUCCACGUUGUUACUCAAAAGAGGGAGGAUAUGCCAGUUUACGAGGUAAAACCAGAGACUGGUAAUGGAAGGACAAGAGUUCUGCAUCGCAACCUGCUGCUACCAUGUUCCUUUCUACCUGUUGAGAUACCAUCUAAGCCAUCCAAGGGUCGUCGCACGAUGCCCAGGACAACCCGAAGACAGCAGGAGCUACAAGAGAACACAACCAGAACCACUGAUGAGAACAUCCCUGGGUUAACACCUGGUCAACUUCAAGAAUUUUACGAGUCUACGAGG